AUGCAUGCCAUAGUCUACAUGUGCCAUACGAAAGUUUCAAAAAAAUUCUCUCUGUAUCUUUUGGCCAACUACACAUGGAAUAUUCAUUCACUUCAUCAAUUUGAGAAACAUGACCUGAUCAAUGGAUUGAAAUCAAUUGUUGAGGGCCUACUUGCUACACACACCAACAACGUAUGGAACACCUAUGGUGGACUGUCUCGUGUUUGUAAACAGGUGGAACUUAUCCUGUAUCAUGGCCUCAAAAGUACACAGGGGGAUUUUGGCAGUCAGUUGGACUUUUGGCCAUUUGUUCAAGGAUUGAAACGACUCAACCCUGUUCUUGCUCCAGCUAUAGAGAAAAUAAACCGACAAUCACAAACCACACCAGACACUAGCAAGGGACGUAUUUGGGUCAGAGAAAGUCUGAACGAGCAUAACCUGUCCAGUCUGCUGAACACACUUGUUAAUCACAGAAAACACCUGGAGAAAUACUACUAUGAUCAUGCGUUUCUGCGAAGUAGAGAUUACUAUAACUCACUGAGUACCUGUCUUCAGGCUGUUGAACAGAACAAGGUAGCCUUACUAGCAGAGUUGGAUUUAGGUCUUUUAAACCAUGGCCGGACAUCAAGUGCUCCUUUGAUGAUGAGUAGCUCAGCACCAGUUCAUGAUCCUACCAGGCGAAGUUCAUACCAACAGGGGGCACUGGCGUUAGCUCCUCAUUUUACAUCACCCAAGAGAGAAAGUAUCCUAUGUAAAUCAGAUGAAUAUGCUCUGCCAUCUAGCAUAGGAUCCACAGGAAGCCCGCAGGAAACUACUGCUUUAGCAAAAGAAGCAUUAAGAACAGUUCUACGAAAGUCUGGCUCAGAAUCCCCAACCCAUGAUUUACAAUUGUUUGAGUCAACAAAUGGAGAGUUCAGUUUUUAUAAUAGCAUCAACAGUGAUCCUUUACGGAACAUGGAUUUCAAUCAGGAACAGUCAGAUCCCUUCGAUACAAGUGAAGAAACUAAAAAUGGCAAACAACAAAAUAAAAUAUUGCUUCGAAGUCAGUCUGAAACUGUAAUGGGUUUGAGUAAGCCUGGUGUCUCCAAUGGGAAAAUUGACAUUAAUUUAUCUGAGAAAAAAAUAAGAAAGAAAUGUAAACCUGAGGACAUUUUCUCAGACUCAGAAAGCAGACCUCAAAAGAAGACCUCCGAAGACAAGGCAAAAUCCUCUCCCGGCAAAAAACUAGGUCACAAGAGGUCAAGGUCAGAUUUUGGUGUGAAAAACAUUGUUACUGAUUCGGUAGAUGGAAAAAUGCUGGAUUCAGAAAAAGCACUUACACUGGGAAGCAAUGGUCAACGAAGUGAACAUCGACGAAGAUCUGCAGCACGUGAUAGCUACUUUCCCCAGCCGCAGCAGGGCCAGUCCCUCAUAAAUUACCUGUCCUCACAGGACUUCCACACCUGUGCUAAUCUAGACAAGGAAAAUGCCCACUUCAGCAUUUCGGAAGCACUGAUUGCAGCUAUUGAGCAAAUGAAGUGGAACCACAUCAUAAGUCCCCAAACCCGUGAAGAGGAUGAAGGCGACUCGGAUGAGGAAAUCCAAGAACUCAAACAACGAAUACGCAUACGCAAACGAGAACGUUUAAAGGAAAAAGGACGUGGUUUCCCUGCCUUCAGUGAUGGAAGAACAGACACUACUACAAGUCAGAGCACUCCCUCUUCUACACUCAGUUCCUCUGUUGACUCGCCAGACCACCCAGACAGCUCUGAGUCAAGUGAUUUGGAUGAAGGAAGAAUAGAGUUAUCAAUGACAGAAGAUGUCAGCCAGAAGCAGUCCAACUUGUCGUUGUUAUCUUCCCAAGGCCUGUCCCUAUCUCUGGCCUCCCUGUACUCAGAUGCUGAUAUACAGAAAAGUAAUGCCAGUGUAGAAAAACAAAGCUCCUUGGAUAGUGGAGUUGUGUCCCACUCAGCUGAGUCAGUUGCCAUAUCUUUACUGAAGAAGUUUACAGAGAAACAGCUCCCAAAGGCAUCUGACUUACAGUGGCUUGUACCAGAGUGUGAUGCUCCACAGAAGUUGCUUCCACUGCCAAAUUCCUAUCCCAUAUCACCAGAUGAUGGAGAAAAUACAGAACUUCUUAAAUCCAGUUCAUUAAAGAUGAGAUUACGGGGGAACUUGGAAUGGGCACCUCCACGACCGCAGAUUAUUUUCAAUAUUCAUCCAGCUCCUAAAAGAAGUACUAUAAUGGCCAAACAGAAUUACAUGUGUGCUGGGUGUGGUACUCGAGUGGAACAAGGAUAUAUCAGAAGAUUCCGUUAUUGUGAAUAUCUAGGAAAGUACUUCUGCCAGUGUUGUCAUAGUAAUAGCUUAUCAUAUAUUCCUGGCAGGAUAUUAAGAAGAUGGGACUUCAAAAAAUAUUCUGUUUCUAACUUUUCACGGGAUUUAAUUUCAAGAAUCAUUCGUGAUCCAUUAUUUAAUCUGACAGACAUUAAUUCUAGUUUGUAUCGGCGAGUCCGAGCCUUGGACAAUAUAAAAGACCUCAGGACCCAGUUGAUACAUUUGAAAAAUUUCCUAAGGAUAUGUAAAAGAGCUUCCAGUGUGCUGAAUGAUGUUGAGCAACUUCAAGGUCAUUGGACAGAUGACAUUCACCUGUACUCGCUAUCUGACCUUGUACAGGUAAAAUCUGGUGAGAUGUUGACUCAGUUGAGAAAUGUUGUAAACAUUUCUAUGGUCCAUGUUCAGGACUGUUCUUUUUGCCAAGGCUUGGGAUUUUUCUGUGAGAUGUGCCAUGAUAAAGAAGUGAUAUUCCCAUUUGAGCUACAAAAGGUCACAGUAUGCCCAGGUUGUCGGACAUGCUACCACAAAUCUUGUUUUAUCCCUGAUAAAUGUCCAAAAUGUGCAAGAAUUGAAGCAAGACGACUGAGAUUGGCUAAAGAGGCUUCUACUGAUUUAGAAGAAAUGGAAGAACACGAUGAAAUCGAUGAUGGAUGACAAUAUCAAGAAGUUUGAUGAUAUGAUUUAAUAAGUGAUAUUAACUGUGAUAUAUGGAAUGAAAAUGAAGUUAACACAUCAAAAAUUGCAUUUUAAUGUAAAGCUAUACAAUUAUGACGAGUUACUGUGUAACAUGAUCAGUUGAUUGGUUCUAGCAUGGUUUAAUCCAAAGAGUAAUUCAAGAGGAAAAAAUUUGAUAAAUAUCAUAUAACUGUAAACAUAAUUCUUUAGAAUAAAGUCGUAUUU